UCUGGUCCUCACUACCACACAGAGAGCCUCCAAGUGUCUGCUGCCUCCCCAAGGAAGGAUCCACAUACAGCCAGGCCACCACAGCCAGCAGAAGAGAGCUGGGACAGGCCUGGACCCCGUUACAGUCUGAAUCCACCAGAACCACCACGAUGUCCUUGGAGAAAAUGGAAGACCUCCAACUAGAGGGAAAAUACCUACAGCCGGAAACCAAGGAGGUGAAUGGCAUCCUCAUGACCAAGCUGAUCAGUGACAAGUGGGACCAAAUCUGGAGCUUCCAGGCCAAGCCUGAUGAUCUCCUCAUCGCAACCUAUGCAAAGGCAGGCACGACCUGGACUCAGGAGAUUGUGGACAUGAUCCAGCACGAUGGGGAUGAACUGAAGUGCCAGCGGGCCAACACCUACGACCGGCACCCAUUCAUUGAGUGGACGUUGCCCCCACCCCUCAAGUCAGGUCUAGACCUGGCCAAUGCAAUGCCAUCACCCAGGACGCUGAAGACGCACUUGCCUGUACAGCUGCUGCCACCCUCCUUCUGGAAGGAAAACUGCAAGAUCAUCUAUGUGGCUAGAAAUGCCAAGGACUGCCUGGUGUCCUACUACCAUUUCUCCAGGAUGAACAAGAUGGUGCCUGACCCUGGCACUUGGGAGGAGUACAUUGAAGCCUUCAAGGCUGGAAAAGUGCUGUGGGGCUCCUGGUACGACCAUGUGCAGGGGUGGUGGGACCAGAAGGACAAGCACCGCAUCCUCUACCUCUUCUACGAGGACAUGAAGGAGGACCCAAAGAGGGAAAUCCGGAAGAUCCUGAAGUUCCUGGAGAAAGAGGUCACCGAGGAAGUCCUGGACAAGAUCGUCUACCACACUUCCUUCCAGGUGAUGAAGCACAACCCAAUGGCCAACUACACCACUCUGCCCUCCAGCAUCAUGGACCACUCCAUCUCCCCUUUCAUGAGGAAAGGGAUGCCCGGGGACUGGAAGAACCACUUCACUGUGGCCCAGAGUGAAGCCUUUGAUAAGGACUACAGGAAGAAGAUGGCAGGGAGCACCCUGACAUUCCGCACAGAAGUCUGAGGGCCUACAUCAGGGCAGGCCAGCCCUGGGCCUCUAGAUUCCACUCACUUGAGCCUGUAGUCCGGAAGACUCUGGACAGACCCCUCCCCCCAUCCUGAGCCGUCUUCCCUAGGUGCUAAGCCUCUGUGCCAUGUUCCUCCCCACAUGACCAGCCUUAGGGAGACGUUCCUGGCUGAGUUAGAGGUCAGCCCUGUGGACCCUGUGCCUGCCCAACUCAGGCAAAAUAAACAAAGAUC